AUGCCGCGCUUGCUUUCGCCGCCAUCUCGAAAGCUAGUCCCAUUGCACCACGACAAAACACCUCCUCAUCGAUGCUCUCUUCCGCUGUACCGCCUUCCAACCCAGAAAUUUCCCAGGACCUCAUCAACCAACUUGAACUCGCCGCCGACAGUGUGGAUCGUUUCACCAUCCUCCAAGCGCAAGGCCCAGCCGACACCUGGCUCAAGUAUGAUUUCAAUCCGAGUGCCAACCCAAAUCCCGGAGGAGGCAAAGGGAGCCGGUGGCCAAGGAGAUCUCGCAAACCGGAAAACAUUCCCCGCCCUUAUAAAUCUCGGUGUCGCAGCCUCAGCUGGAUUCAUGAACCCUUGCGGCAUGAAUAAACCUCAUAUCCACCCGCGCGCAACCGAAUUCUUAAUCCUUGCCACCGGCGCUAAUGUGAGGACCGGAUUUCUUCUUGAGAAUGGCUUGCAGACUCAGAUGAGCACAACAUUAUCGCAAUACCAGGGUGCUAUACUGCCUCAGGGAAGCAUCCAUUAUGAGUUCAAUGACAACUGCGAGCCAGCAGUAUUUAUCGCCGCCUUCAGUAAUGAGGAUCCUGGCCUGAGCACUGUUGGGAAGAACUUUUUUUCGCUGGACCCGGAUAUUGUCGAUGCCGAUUUGGGGUUCCCGGAUUUCCUUGAUCACACGAACAUCAGGCAGUUUGCGAAGAGCAUUCCCAAGUCUUUUAGUAACGGUGCCAUGGAAUGCCUGGACCGUUGUCAUAUCAAGUAUUGA